CCAUUCAUUCGGUAACUAAUUAACAGAUAAUAAAAAUUAUUUCGAAAUAGCUAUUGGAUCAGCUUGGACAUGUAUCAGUUGGUGUUUCUCUUGUUUUUGGGUUCUGUUUUUGCCAAACAUGAGAUUUACGAAGGUCAUGCCAUAUACGAAGUAAGUGUGAAAGAUUAUGACCAGGGCAAGUUCUUCAACCAGCUACAGUACGAACUGGAUGUCGAUUUAUGGUCCUACGCAGCGCCGGAAAGGCCUGGAAUGGUCCGCGUCUCCAAACACAAGAGAUCCGAGUUUGAAGAUGUUUUGAUCGCUAAUAACAUCGAAUUUAAAAUUAGGACCGAAAAUGUAAAGGAAUUACUGGAUUUGGAAGACCAGUUACAUGCAAGGGUUUCCAGGAAGAGUUACAAUAUGUCACGAACAGCCGGCCUGCCUUUCGACAGGAUUCAUACUUACAAGCAGGUAGACGACUAUCUUGAGAUGUUGGCUAAAGAGUAUCCCGAGACAGUGAAACUGGUCAACGCUGGAAAGAGCUUCGAAGGCAGAGACAUUAAAUACUUGAAGAUUUCCACCACCGACUUCCAAGAUGACAGUAAACCCAUAGUCUUCAUAGAAUCCCUUCUGCAUGCGCGGGAGUGGAUCACCCUCCCGGCCAGUCUGUACGCCAUACACAAGCUGGUGAUUGACGUGACCGAGCGAGACCUGCUGCAGGACAUCGAUUGGAUCAUCCUGCCCAUCGCCAAUCCUGAUGGAUACGUACACAGCCACGAACAGGCUCGUUUCUGGCGUAAAAACCGCGCCAAUGGGUUCAUGGAAAACGAUACCUGCAUGGGCGUUGACCUUAACCGCAACUUUGAUAUUGACUGGGGCACCGCUUCCAGCAACGAUGUCUGCACGGAAACCUUCCACGGCCGCGGCCCCUUCUCCGAACCAGAGGCGAUCAUCAUCAGAGACAUCAUUGCAGAAUACUCCGACCGCCUGGAAAUCUUCCUGGAUAUCCACAGCUUUGGAAGUAUGAUCCUCUACGGUUGGGGUUCCGGAGUUCUCCCUGAAAAUGGUUUGAUUGUACAUCUCGUCGCGGUCCGAAUGGCUAAUGCUAUCGAUGCCGUAAAGAUGUAUUGGAAUCGUGAUUAUAUUGUUGGAAACUCUGCUAUGGUUCUAGAUCUAGCUUCUGGAACAGCUAUGGAUUACGGGAAAGUGGGUGGAGUCGAUUUAUCGUACACUUAUGAGCUUCCAGCACUAAGGGAUUCGUUUUGGUUCUUUGGUUUUCUUGUAGACCCUGACUUUAUUGAACAAGCUGGGUUUGAAACAUGGGAAGGUAUGAAAGUUGGAGCGAGAUACGUCCGCGAUAACUAUAGAAAAAAGCGUGGAUUGUAAAUGUUAUCAAAUAAAUGUAAAGAAGUA